CUGUCUCCAGGCCCUGCAAUGGGGAAGACCAAUAGCAAGCUGGCCCCUGAGGUGCUGGAGGACCUGGUUCAGAACACGGAGUUCAGCGAGCAGGAGCUGAAGCAGUGGUAUAAGGGCUUCCUGAAGGACUGCCCCAGCGGCAUCCUCAACCUCGAGGAGUUCCAGCAGCUGUACAUCAAGUUCUUCCCCUACGGCGAUGCCUCCAAGUUUGCCCAGCACGCCUUCCGCACCUUCGACAAGAAUGGAGAUGGCACCAUCGACUUCCGGGAGUUCAUCUGUGCCCUGUCUGUCACCUCCCGGGGCAGCUUCGAGCAGAAGCUUAACUGGGCUUUUGAGAUGUACGACCUGGAUGGGGAUGGGCGCAUCACGCGCCUGGAGAUGCUGGAGAUCAUUGAGGCUAUCUACAAGAUGGUGGGUACCGUGAUCAUGAUGCGCAUGAACCAGGAUGGGCUCACACCCCAGCAGCGUGUGGACAAGAUCUUUAAGAAGAUGGAUCAGGACAAGGAUGACCAGAUUACCCUGGAGGAAUUCAAGGAGGCAGCCAAAAGUGACCCAUCCAUUGUAUUGCUGCUGCAAUGUGACAUGCAGAAGUAGAAGCUGGUGAGGGGCAGGGCCCCUGGCCAGGAGGGGCAUGGUCACUUCCCAACCUGAUGCCCUCUCUGGUUGGCCUUUCCCCAGAAGGAGGGGCACUCCAGCCUCAUUCUCUAGCCCAUCCCCUUCUCUGCCUUACUCCCUACAGUCAAGUUCCAUGAGGGACCACCUCAACCCACAAAAGAGACAGGUCAUCAGCUAGCCUGUCAUCUCGCCCUACCCCUCAAUCUUGACCUCCAAACCAACACCUGUUGGAUAUAGGGGAGUUGGCUUUCGCCCCAAGAAGUAGGGUUAAGGAGGAGAGGGCUAGAGUCUAGGUUUGAAAUGCUCUUGAUCAUGCUUCUGUGGUUCGAUAGGUUCCAGUCAAAGAACCAAAUCCGGUCUGUCCUCUCCUAAGGACUCCGAUCUCUUUUAGGUGGUCUGUGCCCUGCCCCUUCCACUCUACCUGGCCUCUCUGGACCCAGCCUUUGGAGCAAUUAUUCAUUCCUUUCUUCAGCUAAGGAUUUUUGAACACUUGUUUGAUGCCAGGCACCUUCAAGGUGGUAAGAAUAUGGUCGUUUUACAAGCUACAUACUGUGCCUGGUGGAAGUUCAUGGACGUAAUAGGACAACUUCCAGUGG